AAAGAAGUUCUUGUUUAUACCGAAGCGUCGUUUUGUAGCAGACUGUUAUUCUGAAAAUUAGAAUAGGUUGAUUUUUGUUGUUUGUUUGGAAUUUUUUUUCACAACAAAGGUGUUGUUAAAGUACUACAGUUCUCAAAUAAAUUUUUAUGCCAUAGAUAAAGAGCCUUUCGGGUUUUUUUAUCUCUACGUUUUAUUCUCGUAAUAUGGAAUUCGACGAUGAGCGAUUCUUGACUUUAGUGUUCCAAUAUCCUUGCAUAUACGACAAUCACGAUCCCAAUUAUAAAAAUACCGACAGCAGAGAAAUAUGUUGGGCUGAUAUAGGAAAUGAGUUGCACUGCAGUGAUAUUGAAUUCCUUAAGAAGAAAUGGGACAUAUCUAAAGAAAAAUUUCGCCGAAUAAGGAAAAGAAUGAUAAGGUCUGAUCAACCCAGUCUGGCAAAUGAGUGGCCAUUGUAUCAUGUGAUGCACAACUACUUUGAUCAGUUUAUUAAAACAAGAAAUCGCCUGCGUGCCUCUGACAGGAGAGAAAUGGAGAAUUGUCAAGGGGAACUAGGUGCUUCCCACCAUUCAGAAAACUCCCUUCUAGUGGAAUCCAAAUUGUUUGUUGGGUCAAACCCUUAUGUACACCACGAUCUUCCUCAGUCUGGGUCAACAGCUUGUGUUGAUGGAGGAGGUGAAACAUCAUCCUUCAUUUCACCCAGCCCAGCGUCUAGCCCUGAACAUCAUUCGGACGACAAUAUAGUUGAAGUAUCACUCAGAGCUCCCAAGUCCAAAAAGCUCAAAAGAACAUCUUCAGAAGGGAAUUCCUCAGCAUUACUGUGUGAAGCUAUGAAAAUUUGGAGUGAUUCAAUCCAACAAAACCAAAGAAAUAAUGCUGUUCCCAUUUCCCCAAUAAAUUCCUCCACAGAUGAAAUAACUCUAUACUGUUUAAGUUAUGCAGCUAGACUGAAAACCCUUCCAUCAGAAGCUGUUGAUGAUAUCCGCUGUCAAAUGGAAAAUCUCAUGAGAGAAGCGCGACUGAAAUUUAAAUGAAUCAAAAUGCACAUUGAAAUAAAUCCAUAUUUUAUAAAAUAAAGUUAUGUUAUUUUCCGCUAAGUGCAUCUUUAGUGUAAAUUAGAAAAGCUGAUUUACCACUAUGCCUCAAAGAGAGGGCGAAGAUAAUUUAUUGAUUUGUUACCCACAGGCUACCACGAAACAAUAGAUCAUCGCUACCAGAUUUAUGAGACUUGUAUUACCCAGCAGUUUCUGUCAGGGACUUUGCAGUCUUAAGUCUGUUCGGAACCUGGGCUUUUAACUUCACAACAUUUUUCUGGCAAACGUGUAGGCGCCAGCAAUACAUCUCGUCAAUAAGUUACCUUUGUGUUAUGAAUUAUGACAAAAAGAUAUAUCUCAGUGUUGCAUGUUUCUCAAUCCCCCGCUAUGU